GGACUGUGUAACUAAGAGGAUUAGACGCGAUUUACGUAGCCAACGGGACGCAUAGCAACAGGUCAGCGUGCGUUACAUUACUGCUGGAAAGUGGUUGCCAUUGAAGACAAAGAAAAAAAUAGAUAAAAUAAAGGGAGGUACCAUCUUGUUAUGACCUCAUUUUGGGUUGGUUGCCAUCGACUGAGCUUCGGGCAAAGUCAGAUCACCACCAUGUGAGGAAAACAUGCUCCCUCAUCAUGGCAUGCAUGCUGUGGACUGUCUUUACAUGGACUUUCAAAGGGAUACUGUGCACCUGCAGGUUCCUUUGGAUUUGCCCAUACAAUGCAAUCCAGUUUCUGCCAAGGGAAAAACACAUACUGGAAAAAAGCUCACCUCAAAAACAACCAACGGGUUGUGAAAGUAAGAUGGUCGCCGCCAUACCAGGCUGCCCCGACCGCACGGUGGGCCUCCAGAAAAGGUUGAGCAAAACCGAGCAGGACAUCCUGUCGCUGAGGACGAGGAUCGCUUGCGAGAGAGCGUCAUGGGAAAGGAAGUUUGCCGAGCUGCAAAGAAAACAGGAGGCGCUCUGCAAUCAGGUCAUCCUUGAGGUUGGAGCACCAAUUAGAGCUGAGCAAAGAGUGGACAAUGGAGACGUUUUUGUCGAGAGCUCAAGCAAAGUGUUCACUGAGUGUCGGCAUCAUGACAGAGGGUCUGAUGUUUUAUCUCGACAAAGCCCGUUGUCCUUGUCCCCAGCACCGAGCUCCACAUCAGCCUCUUCCUGCUCCUCAACACCAAGUGUGCGAUCUGCACGAUCUGUGGGACCGCAACGGGUUUUUGUACCCCACUCCCCCAUGGACCUGCACCUCGGCCACCGGGUCAGAAUCAUGCUGCCUUCCGGGCGAAUCAGCACGGGCGCCAUCCGUUUCCUGGGCCACCUUCAGGGGGAGUCAGAGCUCCACCUCGGGGUGGAGCUACAGACGCCCGAUCACGGCAUGCGGGACGGUCACCACAAGGGACACUUCUACUUUGACUGCAAACCUGGUUAUGGUGCCUUUGUACCAUUUCACAAGCUGCUGAUGGCCUGGGAAUGACACCCCCCGGAUGCACAGAACUGGACGACUGACUCAUUUGAAAGAGAUUCAGCUUGGAUUCAAUGACUCAUCUUUGUAGUUUUUGUAUAAAAUAUAAAUUGAAGGUACAAGUAGCAGAUGCAAUCGUGUGAGUCUUUGGCAUGUUGACUGCUUGCAGGAAAAUGCUACAUUCAAAAGCCACAUGAUAAUGUCUUACUUCAGUAUCUUUAAAAACCGGUAGAGAAAAGAAAUGCAAAAGGAUUAAAACUGUCCCUUAGGCACUUUACAAAUGUGGACACGUGUUUAAACGUGAUUGUGCAUCAUUGACCAAUUAGUAACCCGAGGUAAAAACUCCCAAAUGUUCCGGAUUACUCAUUGUUCUUAAUGUUGGCAUUAAGUAAAAUACACCUGCUGACUGUUGAACAUGUAGUUUAAUGCCUUUAGAAUAUGUUAUGAAACUGUUAAAAUGACACACGCACUGACUCACAAAGGCAUGCACACACACCCUCUCCCUCUUUUCAGAAAUAUUUCUAUGCAAAUAAAUCUGCUAAGUUCACGUAUACCUCUCAUACACUGAAUUCUUCAAACCCGAGUAGAUGCUUGGGCUUCCUGUGGAAUUUCAAUCAUCCAGCAACCCACAUAGGUAUUCGCUGCGUUUAUUGCAAACGUCUAUAAUAAACUGACACAUGUUGCAUGAUCGAAGCAUAAAAAUAAAAGAAUGUGUUUUAAUGUU